AUGGCGGCGGUUGCGGCGGAGGCGCGCGUGUUCCUGGAGGUGCGGAGACGGCUGCAGAGCGCGCUGCUGAUCCUGGGGGAUUCCGCGGAAGGAGGUCUGCCCAUGGAUGUUUCGGUAACGCCGUCCUCGCUCCGGAUGCAGGGCCCCGGCGGCUGCACGGAGCUCCGGCUGCCGGCAGGGGUCAGGCUCGCGCCGUCCUCCUGCCGCGGGCUGCGGCACGUGCCCGGGGACGGGCUGCACCUGCGGCUGCAGGCGCGGGCCGAGUGCCGCCCGGAACUGAUUUCAGUGUUUAAUCAAAGCUUACAAGCCCAAGAAUGUUGCACGUUUUAUUGCCAGUCCUGUGGUGAAGUCGUCAUAAGGGACAGGAAACUCCUGAGAGUGCUCCCCCUGCCAGGCGAUAACUGGGGCGCUCUUGUUGACGAGUGGUGUUGUCAUCCUGACCCCUUUGCUAAUAAGCCACUUCAUCCACGAGAGAAUGACUGUUUCACCGGAGACUGUUUCUACCUGGUGAAUUUAAAGAGUGAUUUGUGGCAGCCAAGACCUAAAGAAGCCCCAGUGGAGACACACCAUCUUUCUUCUGAGAACCAUCUAAAAUUGAAACCAAAGGCAAAUACCAAAGUAAUUUGUAAGCGUUGCAAGGUAAUGUUGGGAGAGACUGUGUCAUCAGAAACCACUAAGUUUUAUAUGACGGAGAUAAUUAUUCUGCCAUCUGAAAGAAAUUUUCCCAUCAUACCAAGGUCUCAGUUUGUACAGAGCAUUAUCGCCCAGUGUAUGGUGGAACUGUCCUCUGCUAGAAGCACUUUUAGAUUCACUAUUCAAGGUCAUGAUGGCAAAGUAUACAUUCUGCUAUGGCUUUUAAACUCAGACAGUUUGGUGAUUGAAUCUUUGGGACAGUCCACAAGUAUCGAAAAAUUCCCUGUGUUGGAAGAUGUAUUGAAGGCCGAUUCCAAUUCCUCUUGGAAUGCAGUCAAGGUCCUCUACCAGCCAUGCAUCAAAAGCCGGAAUGCAGAUCUCUCCAGCUUGUGGGAAAAUGACAUCAGCGUACACUCCCUCACCCUGCCCUCUACAACCUGCCUGGAGCUGCUGUUGAUACUGUCGAGGAGUAAUGCUGCACUGCCUCCAUCCCUCCGCUGUAUGAAUUCUUUCCAGAUAUAUGCAGUCUCCAAGGGCUCCAAGAAAUGGGCAGCCAGAAGCCUGAGAACUUUACAGACGAGCUGCAACAAAGGGGCUACCAAGAAGAGAAGGAGGAGUUUCUGGCUCUGUACCACUUUCUUCUUGUCUGCCUUAGACACUGCACAACGUAAAUGGCCUUCUCUGUCAUAUGCCAUGUUCACAUCUAGACAACCUUCCUGGAGACUGUCAAGGAUUCUCGGGGGCUUUAUAAACAAAGAUCCUGUCAUUAGGUGGCCUUUUUGA